AUGAGUAUCUCUCCCGAAUGCAAAAACGAUGAUCCAGUCAAGGAUGUGAUCACGGAAAAAACAUGUCCCGAGGCAUCUAGUAAAACCCCUUCACCCGACUUGAAAAUCCAGAUCCCACAACUUGAUGUACUAAGUGAUUCCGCUUAUACAGAAAAAAUCAUGUCUUCCAAACUAUGCAAGAUAUUUACUGCCAUAACUGCUAUGCUUCUCGUUGCGUAUAUUGUUGUGGCUGCCGUGAUGUUGAGUGGUUGGGUUAAACAACGCAUGCAACAUCAAGCUACAGAUUCAACUGAUAAUGCUUCAAAAACAAGUAACCCACCUGCUAUCGAAUCCAAAACUCAGGAAAAACCCGCAAAUCAACUUGCUUUGAUGCGAAAUAUCGAUACCAAUCCGGGUGAAUCUAAUCUUGUGAAACGGUCCUGGUCACCUUCUAGCUCUCAUUUACCCAAUAUUGGUCUUGAAGAUACUCGACCUAAAUAUUGGUCCGUUCAACAUGUCGAAAAAAACAAGCAUAUCAAUCAAUCAACUGGAAACGUUCAAAUAGGUAGCAUCACCAUAGGAACACUAGCUAUGCCAUCCGUUUCAAAACCCUCUAAUCAGCAAACUCGUUCACUCAACGAUCUAGACAACCAAAUGCAACAACUAACUAAAACUUAUAGAAAAUUGAAUCUUGAAUACCUGUCGUCAUUAAGACACCGAUUAAACUCGAAAUUACAUCAGCUUACCAUGCAGCAUCAAUCCAAUGAAUGGCAUCGACGCAUUCUCAAUUCGAAACAUCCUUUUAAAGCAUUUGGACAUCACGGUAUAGGUCGGAAUGUACAUUCCAAUACGAAUGCAAGUCCAGUAUUGAACUUGAGGAUUAAUAUCAUGUCCAGAUCUAGAGCUACACCUUGGAAUCAAGGCAAUAAAGCCGCACUAUGGAAUCAAGGCAAUAAAGCUGCGCUCUGGAAUCAAGGCAAUAAAGCCGCGCUCGGGAAUCCUACCCAUAAAGCCAAACUUUGGCAUAUUAAUGAUCAAUCCAAUGACGAUGAUGGUACCCAUUCUGAUCUAAGCCGUGUAUUUGACAUGCUCAAGGCAGUCCCAGCAGCCCAUGGUCAGCAUCCCAGUACUUUACUCGAAUCUUGCUAG